CCCUCCCACCCUUGGACAGACGUCUGAGGCCCACCGCGCGCUGCAAGAAGGAUAGCAGCAUGACCCAGCUCGCCCUCGCUCCCAGCAGCCGGCUGAGCCAGGCCACGGCAUCCCGCCCUGCACCUCGGCACCGGCGCCCUGCCCUGGUGCGGCUGUCGCGGGAGGCCGAGCUGGCCAAGAUGGCGGAGUACAAAUCUGGCCUGGCGGCCUCCCUCGCGGCAGCACGCCGGCCAGGCGCCACAGCCGCCGCCGCCGCCGGCGCUGACGCCGCGACCGAGACGGCGGCCCCCGCCGAGGCCCCCGCCGGCAAAGCGUUGCGGGAGGUGACCAAGGAGGAUUACUACGGCGUGAUCCGUGAUGCCGGCAGCAAGCUGGUGGUGGUCGACUGCUACACAGAGUGGUGCGGCCCCUGCAAGAUGAUCCUGCCCACGCUGAUGCAGUGGGCGGAGGAGCUGGAGGGCAAGGUGGAGAUCGUCAAGUUCAACUGCAACAAGCACAACAAGGACCUGGGCAUCUCGCUGGGCAUCAAGGUGGCGCCCACCUUCUUGCUCUACAAGGACGGCCAGCAGGUGGACAAGAUGACUGGGGCCAAGACGGAGCAGCUGCGGGAGCUGAUUGAGAAGCACAUCUGAAGCCUCUGCUGAGCAGCACCCGACCGGGGGUGGUGCCAGCAAACCGCACCAUUCCCACCUGUACCCAAUUUUGCUGCGCUGCGCCCAGCGACCCGCCUGCCGACAUCAGCUGUACUGCAGCAC